CCAAAUGCUCCUGAACCCCAAAUCGAUUCUUCUGUCUCCCACUGUCUCUAGCGGGAAAUCGAACAAAAAAAGCAAAAGGGGGUUUAGGGUUUUCCAAUGGCUUCUAAACCCCAAAUCGACGAUGAAGAUGAUUUCGGCGGCGAUUACCCUGGGAGCGGCAGGAGAUCAGGUGAUAAAAGAGCAUUUGGGGAUUUUGACGAGGAGGAAGAUGAUGUCUUCGGUUCUAAUAAGAAGGGUAAAAAGGCUGAAGAAGCUGCUGGUGCUACAACCGGGAUGAUUUUGUCUCUUCGUGAAAGUCUGCAAAACUGUAAGGAUAAUCUUGCAACAUGCCAGGCAGAGUUAGAAGCUGCACAAUCAGAGAUUAAAAAGUGGCACUCUGCAUUUCAGAAUGGUCCUGCUGCUCCUGCCGGAACCACUCCUGAACCUGGAUUAGUCGUGACCUAUCUCCAGAAUCUGAAAUCUUCAGAGGACUCGUUGAAAGAGAAGCUUGAGAAGGCAAAGAAAAGGGAAGCUGCAUUUAUAGUUACUUAUGCAAAACGUGAGCAGGAAAUUGCAGACUUGAAGUCAGCAGUUCGAGAUCUAAAGAAACAGUUACGACCGCCAUCAGUUCAGACCAGGAGGUUAUUGCUUGAUCCAGCAAUACAUGAAGAGUUCACAAGAUUAAAGAAUUUGGUUGAAGAAAAAGAAAAGAAAGUGAAAGAACUUCAAGACAAUGUUGCUGCUGUCAACUUUAGUGCGAAUAGUAGGAUGGGGAAAAUGUUGAUGGCCAAAUGUCGAACCUUGCAAGAAGAAAAUGAGGAGAUUGGGGCAAUGGCUUCUGAAGGAAAGAUUCACGAGUUGGGAAUGAAAAUUGCUGUGCUAAAGUCACAAAAUACAGAGCUCAGGAAUCAGUUCGAUGCAUUAUAUAAGCAUAUGGAUGGUCUUACAAACGAUGUUGAGAGAUCCAAUGAACUGGUGUUUGUUUUGCAAGAUAAUCUAGAAGCAAAAGACUACGAGCUGGAAAAGCUGAGAGAUGAGCUGAGAAGGGCCAAGGAAAAGCUCUCCCAGAAAGAAGCAAUGCCCGAGAAAAAAGAAGAAGAGGAAGAAGCACCGGUGAAGGAAGAGGCUGGAGCGGAUGUGGAUGUUGCAGUGGAGAAAGAAGCAGCAGAGGAGAGAGUAAAUGAAGAGGAAAUCAACUGUACCGAUGAGAGGAAAGAUGAUGAGAUGGAUGCUGCUGAAGUUGACAUUGAAACUUGAUGAACCUUGCACCUGCAUGGCUUCUUUUAUUUGAAUGGAACCAAUUUUUCUUCAAUUUUGUUGCAGAGGACCAUUCUUUCAUGUGGUUUUCUUGUGCUAAAAUAUAUACCGAACGAUCAUAUUUGCAAUUAGCUUACAGCGUCAGACUUUGCGUCCA